AUGAUGUCCAAGAAACAGAAGAAGAGGAGAAGCAAUGAAGUACGAGACUGGUCUUCUCUUCCCAAGCUUCCUCUAUCCUUCAUCUCAUCUCAACUCGACCCCAUCUCCCACUUCUUCUUCCGUUCCACUUGCUCUCCAUGGCGCACCUUCUCCCCACGUCCAAAACUCCCCCUCAUCAUCCUCGCCAACCACACCAAUACACAACGCUACACCUCCGUCUCCUUCUUUGACAUCAACUCCAAACUCCUCAUUCACCUCCCCAAAUCCUCCUUCGAGUUUGGCUCUUUCUUCUGCGGCUCCUCCCAUGGCUAUCUUGCCUUUCUUGAUCCUGCCUCCAAGGUUUACCUCAUCAACCCCAUCACCGGAGACCAUAUCAAACUCCCUAAGCACAAUGCACAAUAUCGAAAAGAUAGGCAGUUCAUAGGUCGUCAUUUUCAGAUAAAGCUCGCAGUCUCUGCUGCCCCAACUGAUCCAGGGUGUGUUUUUGCUGUCAUCUCACAGUCUCACAAUCAAGUGGACAUCUGCAUGCUGAGGAGCACUUCAUGGAAAACAUUCUUGUCCGAUGAUUAUGACUUUGAGGACAUUGUCUUCUUCAAGGGAUAUUUCUACUUGUGCUUCUACAGGAAACUUUAUCGUCUUGAUCUUGAAGCUAAUGGUGGGACUGGAAUGAUUAUUAAUAUCCCACUGGCAUUGCCAGAGGGCUUAAGUGAGAUUGAUGAGUCCGAUGAUGACAAUUGUCCAACAAGGGCUUACCUUGUUGAGUUUUCUGGCGAUCUUGUUAUGGUGCUUAUGUAUGAGAGUGGGAAGGAUACUUAUUUUGAGUUCUUGAAGGUGGAAUUUGAGAAGGAGUGUCUUGAAAUAAUACAGCUUGGUGUAGAGGAUUUGAUCUUCUUGGGGAUUAGUUUGGGUAUUGGAACCAAUGCAAAAAGGUGCAGAGGAUGUAGUGAUGAGAGUAUGCUCUUGACUAAGUUGAAGAAAUAUUGUGAAGUGCCUGGUGUGUUUUGUGUUCAGAGUUCACAUAUUAAAGGUUUUCUCAAGCUUUGGCAUGGUAUUGAUCAGUGGGACACUCUUGGUUGGCUCAAUCCCAGUUAUUUUGUGUAG